ACAGUUGCAAUCUGUGCGUCGCGGUUCAAACAACGAACAAAGAAACAACGCAGUGUUUCUCGUUGUUGUUGUUGUUGCUGUUAUUGUUAUUGUUGGUGUUGCUGUUGUCAUUAUUGUUGUCAUUAUUGUUGUCGUGUUAUCUGUGUAAUUAAAUGACAAGUUGUUAAUCACAUCUAUUUAAAUGCACAACUCUUCGCAUGCUCACAGCAUAAAAACGAUAAAUUAAAUUCAAUUUAAACAAACAACUCGACCGAAAAUGCCUCCAAGAAAAAAUCAGAAUCGUCACCACAAACAUCACAAGCAACAACAACAACAACAACCACAGUCAAAGACAAAUUCGGUGGCACAACCAGAGACGGAGACCAACAAACCGGUGCCAGCAUAUCGUGUGGCACACUCAGAUGUAUUUGGAAGAUAUUUGGUGGCCAAUCGUCGGUUGGAGGCGGGCGAGCUGCUCAUCAGCGAGGAGCCGCUUGCGAUUGGACCCUGCGUGAGCUGUGAGCCCGUCUGCCUCGGCUGCUAUCAGCCCGUCCAACUCGACUCGCAACAGUAUCGCUGUCCCGACUGCAACUGGCCACUGUGUGGCCCCACCUGCCGUGGCAUCCGACAGCGCACCGGACACAGCGCCGAGGAAUGUGCCCUGUAUGCGGAACGACGGGCGCUGCUUGCAGAUGUGCUCACAGCGAAUGCGACACUGGAGCAGCGGAGAGAUCUGUACGAGCUGGUGCUGAUCGUGCGCAUUGUGCUGCUCAAGCAGCACUCAGCCGAACAGUAUGCCAAUAUACGGCGCAUGGAAUCGCACACGGCGGAGAGGCGUGAGAAUGCGACACUGUGGCAACACUACGAACAGAAGGUGGUGCAGCGAUUACGCAACGAUUGGCAGCUGGCCAAUGUGUGCGAUGAACUGGAGCUGCACGAAAUCUGUGGCAUACUGGAUGUGAAUUGCUUUGAGAUUGGUCAGCGAGGCGCCAAGGCGCGCACGCUAUAUCCGAGCGCGUUCCUGCUCGCGCACGAUUGCACCCCGAACACGGCGCACACGGAUGACCCAGCCACGUUUGCCAUCCUGCUGCGUACGUCGCGACGCGUGCUCGAGCAGGAGCCGUUGACGCUCAGCUAUGCGUACACGCUGCAGGGCACACUGAAGCGGCGCACCUUCAUCCAGGGCGGCAAGCUGUUCUGGUGCCAAUGCCAGCGCUGUGCCGAUCCCCGCGAGCUGGGUAGCGACUGCAGUGCCCUCGUUUGCAGAUCAUGCCGUUUAGGCAGCAUCAGAGCCACAGCACCACUGGAACAGACAGCCGACUGGGCCUGCGAUCGCUGCGAUUGUCGGCUUAGUGCUGCGGAUCUGGAGCGUCUUAUCGAUCGCAUCAACGAUGAUCUCGAAGAGAUCGAUGUGCACGACAUUCCCGCCUUGGAGAACUUUCUGACACGGUACCGUGAGGUGUUGCGUCCAAAUCAUUAUCUGCUGCUGUCGGCCAAGUACUCGCUGUGUCAGAUCUAUGGACGCAUCGAGGGCUAUCUACUGCCGGAGAUGUCGCCGCAGGAUAUAGAGCGCAAGGAGCGCUAUUGUCGUGAUUUUCUCGAGAUCGUCGAUCUACUGGAUCCAGGUUUGACGCGUCUGAGAGGGCUCAUCAUGUACGAGCUGCAUGCUCCGAUUAUGGUGCUUGCCCAGCUGGGCAUGCAGAGUGGCCAGUUGACCCGCCAGGAGUUUCUGAAGCGCAUCAAGGAGGUCGCCAAACUGCUGAAGGACAGUGCACGCAUCCUGCAACUCGAACCACCCGGUUCCAGUGAGCAUGAAAUGGGUCUCGCUGCUGCCGAUGCACUCACCAAAAUGGGCUCUUAACACGAUAUCGUACUAUAUAAGAAUCUGAAUCUAAAUAUAUGUAUAUAUUGUUAUUACUGGUCAAGGUUACAAAUUAAUCCGAUUUAAUGGCAGAUCAAAGCAAAUGUAUUUUAUACAUUAAACUGCGUAUCUUGA